AUGACUAAAACCACACCAAAGCAGGAUGUCCUUCUUGUAUUCAUACCAGUUGAUCCAGAUCUGCAAUGGAUAGACCGAAUACGCCGAAAGUUGCCAUAUAUCGAGGUACGCUGGGUGAAGGCUUUGUCAGACGGACGCCUUCUGACACCAACUGACAUCUCUCCCGAUAAAUGGGAUGGCGUCACGAUGGUCUGCACUUAUUUCCCGCCGUCACCAUCACUCGCACCUAAACUGCGCUUUGUACAAGUCUCGUCGGCCGGAUUUGACCUUUGGGUCAAUCAUCCUUCCUUUCAGGAUCCGGAUGUUGUCUUUUGCUCUGCCAACGGUGCCCACCCGCCACAGAUUGCCGAAUGGGUUAUUGGUACCUGGAUUAUGAACCAGAGACAAUUCCUUGAACACGCCCGCAAUAUGGAAGCUCAGCGGUGGAAAGCCUGCUUCGAACACAAAGCCACAGACUCGGCUGGCUCACGAAUGCAAUGUGCACGCGUUGCCAGCGCCAUGGGCAUGGAGGUCUACGCAUUCACGCGGACAGAACGCCCUACUCCAGAGUCUCGCAAGGAUUCAAGCUAUUGUGUGCCUGGAACCGGAGACCCUAAUGGCUUGAUCCCUGCCAAGUGGUUUCAUGGCUCGAGUAGGGCGGAUAUUGAUAACUUCUUGGACCAGAAACUCGACAUUCUGGUUGUUUGCCUGCCACUGACUCAAGAAACGAGCGGCAUCAUUUCUUCCUCUCAGUUCAAGAUUCUAAGCAAGAAUAAGACCUUUCUGUCUAAUGUCGGGCGUGGGAAGCAUGUGGAUACUGAGGCUCUGACUGAGGCUCUGAAGACUGGCCAGAUUCGAGGGGCAGCACUUGAUGUUACCGACCCCGAGCCGCUGCCUUCGGAUCACUCCCUCUGGGAGGCUCCAAACGUGUUUAUAACACCUCACAAUAGUUGGCACUCUACGAUGUACUGGCCAAGGGUUUUGGAAAUACUCGGAACAAAUCUUGAGCGGUUAGACACGGGGAGACCGUUGGUCAAUGCUGUGAAGAAAUCCAGUCACUCGGGGUGA